CAACAACAACAGCAGCAGCAGCAGUAGCGCCUGCCAUGGUGUGACGUUUUCGACUAUCCGCAUACGUGUAGUGCGGUCGAUUUAACUCCAACGAGGCCUCAUUCCUCACGAUCAUGGACGAAGUCGAGAAUCCCGAUCUGCCCAAAGCGGGCGAGGCGAGUCCCACGUUGAGACCCAUAGCAAGCGGAGGAGAAGACGCGAAUGAUGCUAUCGGAGCAUCAAUAACUGUAGCAGCAGCAGCAGCAGGAGGAGGAGGAGGAGGAGGAGGAGGAGCAAUAGUAGCGCCAGAAGAAGCAGUUGAGCAAGAGAUCGUGCUGGACAGCAUCGAGCCAGCCGCAAAGCCUGCAUUGCCUGCCUCUCGAGCAGCGGUGCCUGUGCCCGCGCGACCGCCUCUCGUACGACCAGCAUCCAACCCUCCGCCUUCACAACCUCCGCCGGCGCCUCCCGGGCAAGACUCCGGACCCCCAGACUUCACGCAGGAGCCGCCCGACAGUCUCACCCUCGCCGACCUCAAGCGGAUCCGAAGCACCUUUCCCAAUGCCCAAGUCCCGCAGAAACAGCAGCUACUGGGCGACGACAAGGUCUACGACUUCGAUUAUCAGGACGCGCAGUCUUUUCCCGUGGAGCUCGAAGAAUGGUUCAGCUACAAUGACGAGGAAGAAGUGAAAUUGCGCAAGUGCCAGAAGGUUUUCCACGACGAGUGGAGGACGACCGACGAGGGCAAGCUGGACUGGCUAGAUGUGACGGAGGAUGCGCGGAGACUAUUCAUCAAGAAAUGGAUCACAUCGUUGCAGGAGAAACAUGCGACGCAGGAGACCAUUACGAAGGCUCUUAUGAUCUUGACCUAUGUCGGACUUGGCAUCUGGGAGGAAACUGCAGGGCGACAGGAAGGAUGUGCGCUGGACGAUCUGUUUACAAAUGGCAAGAUGGGCGGGUCAAAACUGGAAGAGUUCGGCUCAUCUAGCUUGCAAGUGCAGUGGAUUGUUGCGAUGAUUGAUACUCUGCACUCUAGUGAUGGACUUCGCGUGAUUUAUGACACGCUUCGACGAGUUUGUGAUAGGGAUUUCGAGAAAUCUGCCCCCGAAAUGUCGUCUCGCAACGAGUCACAGGCACGACGUGGAGAUGAAAGCAUGGAUCUGUGGUGCUGCUUGACACUCAUGUACCUCUUUGUUGAAGUUUCGAGGACUACUGGCAAUGCUCAGGCAUUGAAAACCGAUGUCGUGGCGCUAGAGCCCAGCUUUCUCAACUACUUGACACAAAUCAUUGCCAGACUCCGGUGGGACGAGUACGCCCCGAUUCCACUUACGAAAAUGCUACUGCUUGCAUGGAAGACAAUCUUGAUCUCACUAGGAGGCAUCAUUGAGGUGGAGAAGGUCAAGACUUCGCUCAGGGGGACCAGUGGAGAAGAGAAGGACACUCGUGGUCAACCUUUGAUCACAGCAUCGCCACUGGACUACCACUUAUUCCGGCAAGAAAUCAGCUCUAAAUACCCAGCCUACCAUCCUCCUCCACCACUGUUUCCCCUGGAGCCUGAAAACAACAGCAUACUUCCUCCACUGAAGCAUCGCAGACCCAGCUAUGUCACUGUGUCAGACGCAGCUUUUGCUGGAGCGCCAGCUGUGGGCACUGGCUCAAUUAUGCAUCAGCCUGUACACAUAGCAACCCCAGCCCCAUCACCUCCGCCCUCGCCUGCAGGUCCGGGUAAGGCUGGAAAGAAGCAGAACUAUCAGACGAAUCAGAUGUUUCCGUUCCUGUAUCCUCCUCUCGAUGCUAGUAGUAACGAUCUCGGCGGCAAGGGUAGUACUGAACUGCAAGACGCUCUAGUUGGCAGAAGAUGGGAAGGCGCAGACAUUCCCACAAGCAUACUUGAGGCGGCUGAGCUUUUUGCCAAACGUAUGCGUGCGACACGAGCCAUGAAGCAGCUCUGGGAAGCUCGUGUAGACUUCAUGAAACAAGAAAGAGGUUGGAAGAAGCUCAACGAUGCGAGCGACAACUUGGACGUGGACGACUUCGAGCUGGUCCCCAAGCCGGAGCCAGACCAAACGGCAGAGCAAGGAAAGCCGGUUGCUCAAACAGAGGAACAGCGACGGCUGAGCAAAGUUAACGACUACUACCGCGACUCGCUCCCACACCUGCAGAGCGUUGUGAUAGUGCUACUCAAGGCAGUCUUGCAAAACGUCACGGACCUCGUAACUAAGGGUAAUGGUCAGAAUGGUUUACAAGCUGGUAUUCAGUUCAACGAAACCAACAGUGUCAACGGCACCAAACCUGUCGAGAAUGGUGUCCAUUCAGAUGGCAUCGAGAGCACCAUGGAAGAACUUGACAAGCAACGCUCGCAAGAGAUUGCUGCGAAGGCCUUAAGCGCUAUUUUACUCCUGCUUUUGAAAUGGUUCAAGGUUUCGCACAUCUUACAGUACGAAUACAUGACACAGCUAUUGCUGGACUCGAAUUAUAUCCCCUUGAUCCUCAAAUUGUGGCAGACACAGGAGAUUGGCCGAGCAUGUCACUUUGAACUGGAUCGGGAAGACCGAAAUUUCUUCUACUUCUGCCAGAAAAGCUCUCGGCAAGGCGCACCCGCGGCACGACCGGACAAAGAUAGCAGCGAAGAGUCGGACGAUGAUGCUGCUCCACCUCCCAUCAAGCUCAAGAGAGAAGAGACACCACCAGAGCAAAUCCCUUCCCCAACGACUAGUCCGCCCGACUUCACACAUCCACCGGAGAUUGACGAGCUUGGCUAUCCACAAACGCCGCUUCCGCCAUCGCCUUUGAAGCAUUACUCGUAUCGCAACGUCUUCAGUGCGAUCAACUAUCUUCGUGUGCUGCAAAAAGUGACGAGGCGCAAAACGCAUCGAGCACUAUUACUUGUCAGCUACAAGAGCUCCAACCACCUCAAGAAGACGCUCAAGAUACCGAUACAAAUGCUUCGUUAUUACACGUUGAAGCUAUUCAAAUCACAAGUUCCCUUUUGCGGUCGAAAGUGGCGUCAGGGGAACAUGAAAAUCAUCACCGCCGUGUGGCUCUCGGUACCAGCUGAGCUCAGAGACGACUGGCUGUCUGGUGGUGGUGGAGGCAUGGGCGGUGCAUGUGUCGGAGAUGUGGACGGUACCGUCGAAGAUGCUCUGCCGCUGGAGCAAAGUCUUCGAGCAUUAACACAUUGGUGGAAUGUCAGAAUGUUCCCCGAUGUGAUGGGAGUGGAAAAGGGAAUGUUGGAUGAGGAGCAAGACUAUUUUGCUAGAGAACUGGAGAAGAUGGAGCUUGUGAGAGAAGAGGAAUUGGCCGAAGAGCCUGUGCUGGAAGAGCCAUGGCAAGGUCCUAUCGAGGGGUACUGAGUGCUGGACAGUCUACCAUACAGUAUACCCAACAUUCAAUGUGAAUCGGUCAUCUCUUCGCGACGACGACAAGAUAGUAUUUGAUCAGCCAUUCGCCACAGCUCC